ACUUUACUUCUUGGCAACUUUCGUCACUUGCUUUAAUUGUUGUGCUCUGCUCCUCUUUUGGCAUAUAUUAAAAACGUGUCGGCAACAACAACAGCAACAACUCGACUGGUAUAGUGCGUGUGUGUGCGAGUGAGUGUGUUUUUCUAGCUGUUGUUCCGCUUUAACUCCUUGGUCACGUGGCCAAAAAGUUUGAGCCAUGUUUUGUGAACGGCCAAGCCAUUGUUGCCCUUGUGCGUGACACAGUCCAGCAACAAGAACAACAAUAAGCAAAAAUAACAACUACCUACGGAUUAUCAGUUCGCCAGGCCAAAACUCAAUUUGUUGGCCAGCUGCUGCCAGCGCGGCACCAUUCGAAAUGUGCUACUACUAGGCACAGCAGCUGUAGCUUGCAGCAGGUGGAAGUGGACCGACGGAGAGACAGAGGGAGAGCGCAGCAUAAACUGGCAACCAGACGGGCCAAAACUGCAGCUGUGACUGGCAAAAUCUGCAAACCAAAUCCAACUUAAGUCACAUCAAAUUAAAAUCAACAAGCGUCCCAAAGCAUAUAAAAAAAAACCAAAAGAAACGAAGAACAAGAAAAUAGAAGCAGAAGCUAACUGAAGCUUUUGGCCAAAAGAAAUUACACAAAAACAAAAAAAAAGUGGAGAAAGAAAAUAGGAGCAGCGCAUGAAAAUGAAGUGCAAUAAAAGUCAAAUGGCCACGUUAACAAUGUGGAAAAUUUUUAUGGCUCUGCUGGCUGUGGCUACGGCGUUCGUAAUGCCGCUCGCAUUAGCGCACCAGCACUCGAUGCCCGGCGGAGGCGGCAUCGGAGCAGGCGGCGGAGGAUCUGCAGGCGGCUUGCCCGCUGGACACGGCGCUGGCAUGGGCAUGACCAUGGGCAUGGGUAUGGGUAUGGGCAUGGGUAUGGGCAUGGGCAUUGGCAUCGGCUCUGGACUCGGCAAGGAACAACACGUGAAAACGAAGGACAUUGAUGCCGUCGAGGGCAAAUCUGUGUCGCUGCCCUGCCCCAUUGCCGAGCCCCUGCAUGAUGUUUAUAUGGUCUUAUGGUUUCGUGAUAAUGCGGGCAUACCUCUAUAUAGCUUCGAUGUGCGCGAUAGUAUGGCCAUUGAGCAGCCCAGACAUUGGUCAGCUCCGGAGGUGUUCGGUUCACGUGCCAAAUUUCAUUUUGAAUCGCAGCCAGCCACAUUGGAAAUUAAGGAUGUCAAAAGGCAUGAUCAAGGCAUUUACCGUUGUCGUGUCGAUUUUCGCACAGCUCAAACACAAAGCUUCCGUUUCAAUUUGUCUGUAAUAAUACUUCCGGAGCAGCCCAUCAUACUGGACCGUUGGGGUCGUCAACAGAAUGGCACACAAUUGGGUCCCAAGCAGGAGGGCGAUGAUAUUGUUAUCACUUGUCGUGUGGUGGGCGGUCGACCGCAACCGCAGGUCCGCUGGCUCGUAAAUGGACUACUUGUCGACAAUCAAAACGAGCACAAUUCCGGCGAUGUUAUCGAGAAUCGACUGUUGUGGCCAUCGGUGCAGCGCAACGAUUUGAAUUCCGUAUUCACAUGUCAGGCAUUGAAUACGCAAUUAGAUAAGCCCAAGGAAAAGAGCUUCAUACUGGAUAUGCAUCUAAAACCAUUAACCGUAAAAAUUCUGGAGCCGCCCAGUUCAAUGAUUGCCGAUCGACGCUAUGAAGUUACCUGUGAAUCGUCCGGUUCACGUCCGAAUGCCAUCAUCACCUGGUACAAGGGAAAACGUCAAUUGCGACGCACAAAGGACGACAUAUCAAAGAACUCGACACGCUCCGAGCUGAGCUUUGUGCCCACCACAGACGACGAUGGCAAAUCGAUAACAUGCCGUGCGGAAAAUCCAAAUGUGAACGGCCUCUAUUUGGAGACCAUGUGGAAAUUGAAUGUCGUUUAUCCUCCAUUGGUGACGCUGCGCUUGGGCUCCACAUUGACACCGGAUGAUAUCAAGGAAGGCGACGAUGUUUACUUCGAGUGUCACGUACAAUCGAAUCCUCAAUGGCGGAAACUGUUGUGGUUACAUAAUGGCAUUCACUUGGAACACAAUACGUCGGCUCGCGUCAUACGCUCCAAUCAGAGCCUUGUGCUGCAGAAGAUAACGAAACAUUAUGCGGGAAAUUAUGCGUGCAGCGCCAUCAACGACGAAGGCGAAACGGUCAGCAAUCAGUUGCCGCUGCGCGUUAAAUAUACACCUGUUUGCAAGCACACGGAUCGCGUUAUACUAAUUGGUGCCUCCAAGGAUGAGACUGUUGAGGUUAUAUGCGAGAUUCAAGCGGAUCCGCCGCCACGGUAUGUAUUAACAAAAAAAAAAAAUAAACAAGAAAAGAAAAACAGAAAGGAAAAUUCGUUGCCCUGCAACCCUUCGCUCGCAAAGGAUUAUGGUACACUGUCCUGCUGGGCGGCUAACGAAGUGGGAACACAGCAACAGCCCUGUCUCUUUCAAGUAGUUUUAGCAGCUCUGCCAAAUGGCGUCAGCAAUUGCAGCAUCUUUAAUCGCACCGAACUCAGUGUUGACAUACAAUGCAUACCCGGCUACGAUGGCGGCCUGCCACAGAUAUUUGUGCUCGAAAUGUUUUCAACACGCACCGGCAUUACCAGAUUCAAUCUGAGCAACGCGGAGGAGGCGCUCUUCUCGCUGGAGAAUCUGGACACGCUCACCUCGAUGAUGAUGCAGGAGAACAACUCGUUGAGGCUGCGCAUUUACUCUUACAAUCAGAAGGGACGCAGUGCAGCCUAUCUGUUGCCCGAUUUCAUAAUUGGCUCAACAGCUUACAAGACAGACGACGACGUGACGCUCACGCUGUCACCGGUGAUUGUUGGCAGCGUUCUAACCAUCAUAAUUAUUGGGGUAGCCAUCGCGAUACGAAUCUUUGUGGUUACAUUCGUGCACAAUCUGCGACGCAAUCGCCAGCACGGCAACAAGGCGACGGCGGCAGGCGUUGUCGCCCAAUCGGGCGAUGUCUUUAAGAGCAACAACCUGGAGAAGCCGCGCUGGCAGCACACGGACAUAAAAACGAAAUCAUCUGAGGAUUUGGUCGAGGACGAACGUGAUCCAGAUGUAAUACCCUCACAAUACGUUGGCGGCAGCAGCGCUGGGAGCAGCGGCAGCAAUGCCUCCAAUGUUGGCAGCACCACAGCCACUGGCACAGCCACCGGCAGCAGCACAUCGACAGCGGUGGCGGCAGCUGCGACUGCAGUCGACCGCGAUGCGCAUCAGUUUGCUGCGGUAACAGCAUCAGCUACAGCAUCUGCAACAGCAUCGGCAGCAGCAGCAGCAGCAGCUGGGACGCCAUCGGCCGUUGGACUCGUUGGCAGCAUUUCCAAAUGGUCACCCAAUGGCAAUGCAGCGGCCAUGACGACGACUACGGCGCUGUCCAGUGAUCCGGCGAAUCCGCCGGUCACCUACAACCAGAUCAAUGCACAGCGCGCGCAGCUGCUGGCCGCCGUUGCAGCGGUUGGCGGUGGCUGCAGCAGCACCGUCAUCUCGCCCAGCAGCAGCAUGAUGGGCAGCCUGGGCAUGGGCAUGGGUAUGGGUGGCGGGAAGCCGUUGACACUUGGCAUGGGUGGCACCAUCAUUGGAUCGCCCACAUCGCUCUCCUCGACCUCGACGCUGGCAGCGCAUUUACAGCCGGCGCACAGCAGCGGCGUCGGCACUCUGCCGCCCGGCCUGGGCAGCGGCGGUGGCUAUAUACUGAAUGCCUAUGCUAGUGGCAGGCUGCAGCAUACGCAGGGUCACACGGCCACCUUGAAUCGCCAUCAACAUCAACAGCAGCAGCACCACCACCAACAGCAGCAUCAUCAUCAGCAGCAGCAGCAUCAGCCUGGGUCCGGUUCCAGCUUGCUGCUGGGCAGUGUGGGCAGCGUUAUGGGCGUGGGCGUCACCUCGACAACAACCACCUCAUGCAACUCGUCCCAGGAUUUGGAUGACAACAUCAAUAUAAAUGCGAUAAAGGAUUGCCUCAUGACGCAACGUGUGCCCGAAAGCUGCGUCUAAGUGGCGAAUUAUAAAGUCUAGACUCUAGACCUUCGACUAUAGCGCUACGGUUAAGAGAAGCAGACGUACACACCUAGAUCUAGACCUAGACUAGAUA